CCAGAGCCUCACCCCCAGGACCAACAUCGCAAGAAACAAUCCCAUCACCCACGACCACACAACAACCCAUUAACUCUUCUAAAUACCCUCGCUGGAUAGCCCCAGCCUUGCCCAAUCUAAUGCGCCCAUAACCGCACAAAUUCCCCAGCUCCAGGCCACACACGCGCUUCACGCGCCGGGCGCGCCCCCCAGGCGCCUCACCACGCAGCCAUGCCCGAUAUCGAUCCAGCGGCCCUGAGCAGGCCAUCGCUCACCUCCACUACCCCAAUUCUUCCUCCAAAGAGCUUAAGCAUUGUACCUCCUUCCGCGCCAAAAAUCUCAAAGUCAAACCAUGUGCCGCCGCGCAUCGAUCUGGAGCCGCUGUAUACGGCGCUCAAAGCGGCCGUGGGCGAGAAUUGGGCCACAUACAAAGAGGCUGUCAGCCUCUUUGUGAUGGGGCAAUAUAACCAAGCCGAGCUCUCAGCGAAGAUUGACUGGUUCCUCACAGUCCCCGGCACCGACACCGAGCACCUACACAACCAGCUUGUAGCGGCCAUCUAUGGAAACGUCACACGUGAAAUGCCAGACCUUGGUGUCGCAGCCUGGGUCAGCGCAAACGAUAAACCCACGCCAGGCGCAGGCGCAAAGCCUAUCACUGGGGACGCAGCCGAGCAGCGGCUGAAGGCUGAGGUUAUGAGUCUCCCGAAUCGUGACAGGAGGAGGUUAAAGGAUUUGAAACUUGAAUCGGACGGCCCCGACCCCUAUACGACCCUCCUAUCCAAAUCGCGACACCCACUACCGACCCCCUCUGCCCCUACAACCCCCUCAACCUCCCUUAGCAAAACAAAUUGGUCUCUGGAGAUCCGCAAACGCUUCGCCCCUCCCCUCGCCGCCGAAUCCGGUGAGUUUCCCGACGCCUCCACCAUCGAGGCCCGGAUGCUCCCUCUCUGUUUCGAAGCUGGGCUGGUGGGCGGCCACGCCGCGGACGCAAGCCCAUUCAUGGCUGUCGCGGCCGAGACAUUUGUUAAGCAGUUCUUGUCCUCGGUAUUUGGGCGCACGCGGGCUGAUGGGCCCAGCAGUGGUGGUGGUGGUUGGGUGAGCACAAGGCGCUAUAAGAGGGCGUUGGAACGUGAAGAGGAACGCUGGGCGAGGGGUGAGGUGGUGAGGGAUAAGAGUGGGCUCUUACCGGUGGAGGCGAAGGCCGCCAGCGAGAGAGGCGCAUUGGGCAUGGCGGAUUUGAGGGUUGCGUUGGAGAUGGGGGAUUGUGGUGUGGGCCAGAUGCCAGUUGUUAUGGAAAUGAUCAGGUAUGGGUUCCAGGAGGGAGAGGUGGAGGGAUGGCAGAGUGGGAAGGGAGUGGGAGACCAGAAGGUGGGGGCGGUUGGCGCAGCCGCCCCAGAUGCAGAUGUCGAGAUGGCGGACGCCGACGCGGAGGAUGCACUGAACGGCUGGGGCUGGGAAGGUGCUGGAUCCGACGAUCGCGCUGACCUCAAUUCGCUACUCGAUUCAUGUCUCGCCAGCGGGUCGUGAGUGAGGAGACACUUCGUCACGUCAUCGGACGUUCAACACACAUUCCCUCGCUCUCCUCUUGCGCUUGUAUCAACAGGUCGCUACCCGUCUAUCCGCUCCCCUAUUAAGGACGCAGAUGCAGCGUGCCGCGGAUUACAUCGAUUAUAUAUCUGCAGUGUCCCACACCGCGCUGGUACCACAAACCCGCCUGAUCCACACACAACCUGCACAUUACACCGUCUUUAUCUGACUGGAGAGUACGGGUGGCUAUAUGGGGGAGGUUUAGGAAAACAUCAUUAUGGCAGAUUCAGGCUGCGACGCCAGGCGUCCGGGUUAUUACCUUCUACGUUCUACCGGGUGUUUGUACAAUAGAAUAGGACUCAUGCACGUGGGCAUGUAGACCAUCACAAAUGGAGGCAUGGUAUACCCUCGCGGCAUGGAAUAUGGGAGUUAGAGCCGGAACUGGAGUUUGGGG